CCUGUGCCCUUCUGGCAUAGGAAAGGUGUGCGAGCUCGUCGCCUCAUCGCCCUUGCUUCAGACAGCUUUCCCAAAUUGCAAGCACAAUCCAUACAAGCUGUAAAGUUAAACUUGAGCAACCUCAAUCUCUCAGGCUGCAAUCUGGGCUUCAGUACAGUACAGCGCGAUAGCGGACAGACUCGGUCAGGUGACCUUUUGCGCUGCCUCCUUGAGCCUAACACGUCGAUGAGUCUGCCCCGCGACACACGCUAUAUGUCAGAACGUAUCAGAGCCCUCGCGACUGCUGCCAGCCUGGGCCUGGCGUUCGGUGGGGGCCUCUUACUUCUCGGACUGCGCCACCGUCGCGACCAGGUCCUCAACCUCGUGUGUCGCGAAAACGAGCAGAUGCCUUGCACGACCGCAAGCACUUCUAGUCCGCCUGUGCUGGACGCCAUCCCCUCGGAGGUUGCAUCGACGAAGCCCACAUGCCUGUGCGCGGACAAGGGCCAUCGCGAAGAGCGCCUUCUAGGCGAGAACGGCGUAGAGAACAGCCAGGAAGUGGAGGAAGUGCAGGUGGAGGAGGUGCAGGAGGUGUUCGAGAGUCUCGCCACGUACCUGGCCCGCCGCGGCCUCGAGCGCUGCGAACCUGUAAAGGAGCUUGGCAAAGGUGGCUGUGGGCGCGUUGACGUGGUGAGCAUCCCGCUUCCCGGCGGCGGCGUCAUGCAGGCUGUGCGCAAGGAGAUCUUCCGCCGCACCGACGGCGUGUCACGUACCGAGCUACUGCAGCAGGAGGUGGCGGGCACGCGCGCAGCAGCGGGCUGCGCCAGCGCCGUGCAGCUGUUGGGCUAUACGGAGCCGCAGACGGAUGACGACCCACAUGAGCUGCUGCUCUCCUACGUGCCGGGCAUGCCCCUGUCUGACUACCUGAUGCUGGUGCACUGCGUGGACGUGGACAGGCGCAGCGGGGUGCUCAAGAAGGUCAAGAAGAGCAAGCGGGCCAAGGCCCCCAAGCCCCACACCAUACUGUCCACUCCGCUCCUCAAGCAGCUGGCCGUCUCGGUGCUCACGGCGGUGGAUGCCAUGCACAACAACAACAUGUGUCACGGCGACAUUAAGGGUGACAACGUGUUCGUCGACCUGAGCGCCAGCGAUGGCGCCAUCCACUUUGUGCUGGGCGACAUGGGGACGGCCGAGCCUACCGACAGCGAGGGCAUGCUGAUCCGCGGCGCUAUCGGGGGCUCCUGGCUGACAGCGGCACCCGAACAGCGCGUGCACCUGGCCGGGGGCACGCCGGCGUGUGGGCUGAGCCGCAUGAUUGACAUGGCGUCGGUGGGGCUGCUGCUAGCAGAUGCAGCUCAGUUCUGCGUUGAGGCAGGGCGGCUCGUGGCGUACUCGCAGUUUGAGGAUGACCUGGACGAGUGGGUGCCCGAGGGCUGCCGCGACCUGUGCGCGCAGCUACUGGCCCCCUCGCCCUCCGACCGCCCCAGCGCCAAGGAGGCGCUGGCACACUGGUGGCUGAACGAGUAAGAUAGCCUGCAGCAGCUUGGGCCGCAUGCAAGAGAGGGCCAUCGGGGUGGAGGACUUGAUGCAUGUUAAGGCUUGCAUGCUGUUUCGCAAGGCGUGGAUCCGAUGCAUUGCAACAUGUGGUGAGCGCGGGCAUUGACAGAACGGACUGAGGAUAUGGGCAACGGCGCAUGCGCAGUGAGACGGCGAUGCGCCAGGACUGUUUUUCAACAUGCACAGCCCAUGUAGGCUGAGAUGCGAUGUACAAUACAAAGUGUGGGACGGAAAGAACAAGGCUGCCUCAUUGCACGCAUUUAUGGUUUAGAGCUGGCGUGCGUGUGUCAGGGUACGUGGAGACGAAGUGAGCCCGGGAGGGCAAACACACAUGGCGGGCUCCUCGUUCCUGAGCAUGCAUGAGGAUAAGUUCUGUGCAUAUCAUCUGGGGGCGAGCGCAGCGCUCUCUGCUGCAUCAGGAGGCGCAGUCGCGCAAAGUUGCAAUGUAACACCUGGUGUCA